AUGGCCUCCAAAAGCUCCCUCAAAAGGGACUCGCGACUGGGUGGCACCAUCCUAGAACGCCACGGCGGCGUCCCCCUCGACACUCCCGUAUUCGAGCUCCGCAGCAUCCUCUCGGAGAAAUACGGCGAGGACUCCAAGCUGAUCUACGACCUCGCCGACCAAAGUGGCGAGGCCUGUUCUCUACGCUACGACCUCACCGUGCCCUUUGCCCGCUGGCUGUCCAUGCGCACCAAUGUCCAGCAUAUCAAGCGCUACCAGAUCGCCAAGGUCUACCGGCGGGACCAACCUGCCAUCUCACGGGGGCGGAUGAGGGAGUUUUAUCAGUGUGAUUUUGAUAUUGCGGGGGUUUAUGACACGAUGAUUCCGGAUGCGGAGAUUUUGUGUAUUAUCGCGGAGGUGUUUGAGGCGUUUGAGAUUGGGGUUGUUGUCAAGAUCAACCACCGGAAGAUUCUGGAUGGGGUGUUUGAGAUCGCCGGAGUGCCGGCUGAUAAGAUACGCGCUACUAGCUCGGCGGUGGAUAAGUUGGACAAGGCGCCGUGGGACGAGGUCAGGAAGGAGAUGUUGGAGAAGGGGCUUUCGGAAGAGGUCGCGGACCGUGAGAUGUUGGAGGACCUUGCAUCUGACCCCAAUCUCGCUGCAAGUAGCGCUCUACAAGAAGGCCUCGCUGAGAUGAAGCUGCUCGCGUCGUACCUCGAGGCCAUGGGCGUUAUCGACCAGGUCUCCUUCGACCUGUCUCUUGCCAGGGGACUCGACUACUACACAGGCUUGAUCUACGAAGUGGUCGUCGACGACGACAACGCCAGCGCACCUACCCAAGUCGUCGGUGUCGGCAGCAUUGCCGCGGGCGGUCGUUACGACGAUUUAGUAGGCAUGUACGGCCGGCGCCCCUUACCCUGCGUCGGCAUAUCCUUCGGCGUGGACCGUGUCUUCACCAUCCUCGACGCGCGACGGCAAAAGAAGAACGACAACUCUGAUCUCACCGGCCAGGUACAAGUCUACAUCAUGGCGUUCGGCGGGAAAGAGUUUGAUGGACUCUUAUUAGAGCGCAUGCGUGUGGCUCGCCAGCUAUGGGCUGCUGGGAUUCGAGCUGAAUUCGCUGCCAAGGUCAAGCCGAAGCCGCUCCAGCAGUUCAAUGCACCCGAGGGCGUACCCGUUGCGGUAAUGCUUGGUCAGGAGGAGCUGGAGGCUGGACAGGUGCGGGUGAAGCAGCUCCAUGUUGGGGAUAAGAAUGAUAAGGGACAGUUAGUGGCGAGGGAGCAGCUGGUGGAGGAAGUACGGAGGGUCUUGGCCUUGGUUACACCGCCGGCCCUGUAG